UUGAAUAAAAGUGUUGAAGAAAAGUGCUUUUUUUUAAUAGUUUUGCUUUCGCCUUUAAGAAAUAUGUUUUUUUUAUUGGCCCUUAUAUGCUUGGAUCUAUACAAUAGUGCUGAAUCUAUAAACUUCUACCUGGAUCCUAACGUUCAGAAGUGCCUGCGGGAAGAGGUGUCCAAAGACGUUCUCGUGAUCGGCGAGUACAACGUGACCAAUUUGGACGAGGCCGAUUCUAGAAUGCUGCCAACGAAGCUACUUGUCACCGACGAGAAGCGGCACAUCCUGGCGAAAGUGGACGACGCCAGAAAAGGUAGAUUUUCGUUCAUCCUAGAAGAAACCGGACUUAUCGAGAUAUGCUUUCAUUCCGAAUCCGGAUACAGGCCCAAGGAGGGUGGGGUCGUCUGGCUCUCUAUCAGGAAAGGCGUCGAGACUAAAAACUACGAGGAACUCGCGGAAGUAGCCAAGCUGAAGCCGAUGGAGGGACGCAUGGCCAGGCUGGAGGACUUCGUCGAAGCGAUUGUCGACGACUUUGUCGAAAUGAAAGAGAGGGAAGUGGCUAUGAGCAACACCAACGAAUCGACCAAGUCGCGAGUCUUCUACCUCAGCAUCUUCAACUUUUCCUGGCUCUUCGCGCUAGCAGCUGGUCAGAUUAUUUAUCUCAGACAAUUUUUUAAAAGCAAAAAACUUAUUGAAUGAUUGCUUUCUUUUGUUAUUAACUCUAUUUUUUAUAUUUGUUAAAUAUAAUGUUUUUAUAGUCAUCAGA